AUGAACACUGCCGCCCCAACCCCUUCCCAAAACACUCAACAGGAUGCCUACGCUGCAGAGAGGAUCUCUGCCCAGGAGGCCAUGAAGGUCAUGAGAAUCAGCGAACCUCACCAGAAUGUUCAUAGGAGAAAAUCUGCUGACAUUGACGAGACAUAUGGCGCCUCGCGUGUCGAUCGCCAUCUGGCCAGCCGCGCCCAGAGUGUCAGAGAAUCCUCAAAGGCAUACCCAUCGCAGGAGGUGGCACCUUUGAAACUGGCUCAGACACCAGCAUCUAUCGAACGCCGGCGCUCCAAGGUGGAAUCAACUGCAGAAUCUCCCAUCCACUCCGACAGCCAGAACAACAACCGCUACAACCAUUCCACAAACACUACAAACGGCGGCAGCAAUAACAACAACCACCAAUACCGUCAACCUCAGCAACAGACCUAUUCAUCCAACCAACAUCAGGGUUCGACUGCAUCUGCCGGUGUUGUGACCCCCACGGCGGUAGGUCCUACUCAUAUUAAACAGGACCACGAAUCUCAUUCUGCACCAACAAAUGAGUUCCAUAACCAAAAGGCACCUAUUCCGACGUCACCUUCCAGCCCUGUUGACAAUAACGGCUCCUCUGCCCAACAGCAACAGCAACAGCCACCUGCAUCCGGUCGCCAGUCGCGGCUCAGCAACGUUAGCAGCACCAAGGAGUCGUACAGACGCAAGUAUGGCGACAUCCAGGGCUAUACAUACAUCGGCACCAUUGGUCAAGGCAACUUUGGAAAGGUCCUCUUGGCAGAGAACGACAUCACCGGCGAGCAGGUCGCGGUGAAGAUCUUGGAAAAGGCGCAGUUCAAGAGCGAGCAGCAGCGUCUUCACGCGACACGAGAGGCCCGCUUGAUGGCGACCCUCCGCCACCCCAACAUCGUCGAUGUCAAAACGGUGAUGGAAGACGACUACCGGAUCCUGAUCGUCAUGGAGAACCUGACUGGAGGCGAACUGUUUGAUUACAUCUCCAACAAGGGCUCCUUGGACGAGAAGGAGGCCCGUCGCAUCUUCCAGCAGAUUGUCCUCGCCAUCCACUACUGCCACGAGAACAAUGUCGUGCACAGAGAUUUGAAGCCGGAAAACAUCCUGCUGGACAGCGAACGUAACGUCCGAGUGGCCGAUUUCGGGUUCGGGAACAACUGGCACAAGGACCGCCAUCUGACCACCUACUGUGGCUCACCUUUCUACGCUGCUCCGGAAAUGGUCAGUGGUACUCCUUACAUUGGACCCGAGACCGAUGUCUGGUCCCUGGGUGUCAUUCUCUAUGUCCUUGUCUGUGGACGCCUGCCCUUUGAUGCCAGUGACCUGCCAGCCCUCUUUGCGCAGAUCAAGCGCGGAAACUACCAAAAGCCCCGUGAAGGAUCCAUCGAUGUGUGCUCGUUGAUCCAUCGUAUGUUGACGGUCGACCCCAAGCGCCGUGCAACAUUGGCAGAUGUCCUCAGAUCCCGCUGGAUGCGCGCCGACGGUAUGGAUACCAUCUCUGUUGCCCUCCCGGCCCUCUCUACCGCUCCUGCAACCAUCCGUCCACCCUCCGCCUCCACUAAUCGCACCAAUCCUCCUCAGCAGCCACAACAGCAACAGCAGCAGCAGCCUCAGGCAAAGUCGACUGGUCUGCCCACCUUCCACCCCAAUGAAGAUAUCAGCAAGACCAUGAACGUCGUCGUCCCCACCACCAUCUCAACCACCCCACAGCCACAACCACCAACCAUCAACACGAACCGCCACUCCUACCAUCCUACCACCACCAACAAUGACUACCACCCCUACAAUAACAACAACCAACAGCACUCCCAAUCUCACCAACACCACCACUACCCUUACCACAACCACCACCAGAUGGACACUUCUUCUUCCUCACCAAUGAGCCCCGUCCCAGAUCUCUACGACCAUGACGAACAAAUGAGCGACGUCUCCCCCUCCAUGGCCAGCUCCCCAACCGAAACCAUGGCAACAAUCUCCCCAAGCACACCCAUCGGCCCUACAUCCCGCGACGAAGCCCUGGCCAUCGCUGCCGCCAACGCCGCCGCCUCCGGUGGCCUGGUCCACCCAUCUUCCUACCAGAAGCGGUCCAACACCAUGAACGCGUGUUCAGGCAACACGGACGACAAGAUGAUGUUGCACCACCCUUACAAGCAACACAACCGCCCACAUUCGGUCCAUACCUCCAAUGGCGUUUCUCCUGCGACUGGCGAAGCGGUCACUAUCGCGAUGUGUCCUUCCAGCGACGCAUUGAAUGAUGGCUUUGAUUCAUCGUCAAAGAAGAAGAGAAAGACUUUGACAAAGCUCCGUCAGUUCUUUCGUUUCGAGACCGCUGCAAAGUGCUAA